UUCAGGCGUCGUGCGUUACUGUUCUCGUUUCUCCACUGCUCUACCACCAUCCAACAAGGAUCAUUUUUACGUUCAAAGGAUCCUGCGGAUAAUAUAAAAUAUAAAAUAAUACUCGCAAAAUGCGUUCGAUCACGGUUACCUUUCUGAUUCUGGCAUUCUGUGCCUCAACGACUAUCUGGAAAGCAAGUGCCCUGGAAUGUUACCAGUGCAGCGGAUCCCUCUGCGAUGAUCUGGACAAUGUUCCGGUGGUUAGCUGCAAUGCGGAUGAUGAGCCAUCCGAAUCGACAACCCCAACAGAUGAACCUUCAACCGGCUCCACGGCCACCCCUACAGGAUCUACAGCAGGUGGAUCAAGUGGUUCAACAGCUAGUGGAUCUACCGAUUCUUCGACCGACUCGACCACAGAAUCUGCGACUGACUCUACAACCGAUGGAACUACCGAUUCUACAACCGACGAAACUACCGAUUCGUCGACAGACGAAACUACCGAUGCUACAACUGAUGGAACUACGGAUUCGUCAACAGGCGAAACAACAGAUUCGUCAACUGAUCAAACGACCGAUUCGUCAACUAGCGAUGCAACGGAAUCAACAGAUUCUUCUAGCAAUACUGCAAGUGAAUCUACUGGUUCUACAACUGAUGGAACUACCGAUUCAUCAUCCAAUACUCCAACUGAAUCAACCGAUGCUUCUUCCGAUUCUUCUACCGAUUCUUCUACCGAUUCUUCAAGUAAUGGAUCCACAGAUUCUUCCACAAAUUCUGCAAGUGAAUCCACAGACUCUUCAACCAAUGCUGCAACUGAAUCAACAGAUUCUUCAACCAAUGCUGCAAGUGAAUCCACAGACUCUUCAACCAAUGCUGCCAGUGAAUCCACAGAUUCUUCGUCUAGCACUGCAACCGAAUCAACAGAUUCUUCUUCCAAUGCUGCAAGUGAAUCAACCGAUUCAUCAACAGUCUCUCCAACCGAUUCCUCAAGCGACUCUACUUCGGGUGAUUCAUCAACCGAUUCUUCAACAGAUGCAACAACUGUAUCUGGAGAUGUCUCUGCUGUAUCAGCUCGUAGCAAAUCUCUGGCUGCCAUGGCCACAGAUAUGCUGCUCCAGAACUAUCGCACCAAUUCCCGUGUUCGAAGGGACACGGAUGGUAACAUUAAGUUGACUGCUUGCUAUAGCAUUAUGACGGAUAAAGGGAAACAACUCGGCUGUGUUCGUGUACAGAACGGUCAGAACGGCUGUGAUGCUGUGCGAACAGAGGUCGGUCUUCCAGUUACUUCUGAUCCUAACACUCCCCCUGAGGACGAGUGCAACCUCUGUUUCUACGAUCGCUGCAAUAGCAGCGCCAGUCUACGCGUGUCCCUGGGCAUGCUGCUUCUGCUUCUGGCGGCGGGUGUGAAGAACUUCCUCUAGAAGCAGUUCUGGGCAGAUGGGUGGGUUGAACAUCCAUAAGUUGUAUUAUAUAUUGAAUUUUAAAUAUUAAUAAAUAAAACAAGUAAAAACCAUUGACUGAAAAGUUGCUUAAU